UCACCCUCUGAAAGAAGAUCCCCGAGGGGAGAAGUUCGAAUGGGAGUCAAAAUCCCCAAGUCGCCAGUCACAAACGGGAGGAGGAGGCCGGCGCGCAGGGAUCCGGACGGCAAUCAUCUGUUCGUGCCAUGUCCGCGAUGUUCCACCCGCGAUCCGGACGCUGCGUUAAUUUCUCUAAUGGCAAUAAGACGGCAAUUCGGACCAACCCCACGCAGGAGUUCAACAGGGGACUCAUCUUCAGUCUCGAGCCGAUCAAGGACAAUGAGAUUUUCGAGGUGAAGAUAGACAAAAAGCUAAACACAUGGAGUGGGAGCAUAGAGAUUGGAGUCACCGUGUGCAACCCCGAUGUUAUCGAUAUUCCCAUCACAGCAACAGACCUCAGAGGCGGAACAUGGAUAAUGCUAGGCCAAGGAGUGUUGCGGGAUGGCCGGUCCCUACAUGAGGCCUAUGGCUGUGAUUUGGACAAGCUGGUGGAAGGGGACAGAGUGGGGGUUAUGCGAACGUCACAGGGGGACCUCAAAUUUUUUGUGAAUGGAGAGUGUCAAGGAGUGGCAGCAGUCAAUUUGCCACAAAUAUUAUAUGCUGUGGUUGACAUGUACGGCAAGUGUGCUCAAGUUACCCUCACCGCGCCCUCAACUCCAGAUUCAAAUACAUUAGACGAGGAUUCCAUAAGCGAACUCUCCUCCAUGCGUGACUCCAACAUAUUGGACUCUCAGCCCGAAACCAACAUCACAGCCGCCUCCGUUGUAAAUAACCAAAGCAUAAGCAGCAACAAUACCGCAGUUGUAAAUCUAACCUCCUCCAUAAAUGUCGGCACCUGCAGUGCACUUAGUAAUCAUGUAGCAAAUAUUAGUAUUGCCAAUAGUUUGAUGUCCAACAGUGAUAGUAAUGUCUUACAUGAUGAGAGAGAUGGGAGAGAAAGUAGUUGCGAUGUUAGUGAAUCCAAUAACCCAUCCCCGCGACCUUUGGAGACCACAGUGGUGCCAUCGUCAGUCCCAGCCACCAGUUGUGGGGCGACACAGACUAGCGGGGGAGGCAAAAAUGCGGGGAAUAGUGCCACCCAGUCAGGCUACACGUGCGGCGGGGCGGUGGGCGGCACGGGUAGCAAUAACUGCGAUGGGGGAAACAACAACGGGGGCGGUAAUAACAACGGGAAUACCAAUGGCAAUGCUAACAGUGUGGGGAACCAAGCAGGUAAUAAUAACCCAGGACCUGCAGAUAACAGUGUGAAUUACGACUCGAGCAAUGAUCGGCUGAGGUUCCACGACAAGUGCGGAACCCUCGUGAAGUUGUCCAAUAGUGGGAGAACAGCAGAGAGAAGACGACCACUUGAUGAAUUCAACAAUGGAGUUGUGAUGAGUUGUAGAGCACUAAGAGAAAAUGAAUUAUUUGAGAUACGAAUUGAUCGUCUAGUGGACAAGUGGUCAGGCAGCAUUGAGGUAGGGAUUACAACACACAAUCCCAACGUCUUGGACUUUCCGGCCACAAUGACAAAUAUGCGCUCAGGGACUACAAUGAUGAGUGGGACCGGCAUACUCACCAACGGCAAAGGAACGCACAGGGAAUACGGAGAGUUCAACCUUGAUGAGUUAAAGGAGGGUGAUCGGAUUGGCAUGAUGCUAAAGACUGGUGGAGAACUUCACUACUAUAUCAAUGGCUUGGACCAGGGAGUUGCAGCUACCAAUGUACCGCCUCCCGUGUGGUCUGUUGUUGAUCUUUAUGGCAUGACAGUGAAAGUAACAAUAGUGGACCGCGACCAGCGAGAAGAACAGAACUUAAUCACUCGAAGAAACACUCAGUUGUCUGAUAUCCAGCCGCAUUUGUCCGAUACAGUGCCCUCAGAUGAUGAAACCAGUGAGGCUUUGCUGUUUCACAACAAUUGCGGGACAUUCGCAGAAGUCAUCAACAACGGUCGCACAGCCCAUCGCCCAAAUGCCUCGGACGAUUUCAACAAUGGCGUGGUUCUGACACGUCGUCCCCUGAAGCCAAACGAGAUGUUCGAAGUGCGACUGGACAAGUGUGUUGACAAGUGGGCUGGCUCGCUGGAAAUUGGCGUAACGACACAUGCGCCUACAGAUCUGGAGUACCCGUCUACCAUGACCAAUGUGAGGAAAGAUCUAAAAGUGGAUGAGACGGCAACGGGGAAACCCAAAAGGGUACUCAUCUUUGAUGACUAUGGCCAGAAUUUAGAUAGGCUGAAGGUAUGUUACAAGUUGGUGAACCGAUUUGGAGUCAUCCGCAAGGACAAUGGAAAUCUAUUUUUUUAUGUGAAUGGAGUGGAGCAAGGGACUGCAGCAAGUAAUGUGCCCGAGCGAAUUUAUGGUGUAGUAGACCUCUACGGCCAAGCAGCUCAGGCUUCCAUUGUGCAACAUUCCGAGCACUGUUCGUCAGAUGUCUUGCCGUCUAGUCUCUCAAGCUCUACCAUAUACGGAAAAUGCCGAAAUUGUGUGACAGCCAUUCCCCCCGAGGAGAUUGAUUUCCCCAGCACCAUGACAGAUAUUGACUAUGAUACCUGGAUGCUGAGCGGUUCCUCUGUCAUGCGAGAUGGUGUCACUAUCAUGAACAAUUACCGGUGUGACUUGGACUCCCUUGGGGUCGGCACACGCGUGGGCAUGAUGCGACACUCGGACGGCUCGCUGCAUUACUACGUCAAUGGAGAGGACCAGGGCACAGCUUGUGAGAACCUUCCUCCUGGUUUGUGGCCUGUGGUGGACCUGUAUGGGCAGUGUGCGCAGGUGACCAUCGUGCACAACCCCAUUCGCCAUGACCAAUCUCUCAUCUCCGUGUCACAGUACUUGGACAUGUCCCAUCUCUCACUGCCUGCUGCUGGGCAGGCCAGUGUUGGCUCAGAGGUACUGCACCGUUUUUCCAAAUGCUGUGGAGCUAACAUAGCCCUGAGUAACAACGGUACAACAGCUGCUCGUGUACGGCACUUCAACCAUGGCUUGCUGUUCACUUCUCAUCCAUUAGAAGCAGAGGAACUGUUUGAGGUUCGCAUUGAACAGGUUUCAGAGGGUUACUGCGGAUCUUUGAGCAUUGGCCUGACCUCCCUCCCAGUGACAGACUCUUACCCAGCAGUCAGCCUCCCUGCCACUUUAUCUGGAAUAGAAUCUGCUGACACUUGGUGGGUCAGUGGUUCUGACGUGAGAAGGAAUGGGUCCUCUGUCCUUAGGUUGAACUUCUGUCCUAAUCUUGGGAGGUUGCUUGUUGGCGAUCGCAUUGGCAUCAAGAAGACAAGCGAUGGAGCAAUGAGGUUGUAUAUAAAUGGCGAAGAUUUCGGAAUUGCUGCAACUAAUGUCACUAAGAGAGUAUUUGGUGUAGUUGACCUAUUUGGCUUCACGGAGUCAGUGGUCAUAACAAGUGUCUCGAGACAAGCAAGUUCACCUGUAAUGGACUCCACAGUUAUGGCCACGAACAACAAUGCUGUGUCACAAGAUUCUCUUGAGCUUUCUCAGCCAGACUCUCGCCAUCCCUUGGGCCAUCACUCACUCACAUCGGGCUUUCACCCAGCAACAUCUGCCCACAUUCCUCAUGAUCACAGGGUAACGUCUGAGACAAAGAUGACAAAUGACCAAAGAGGACAAGAAUCUGGGCAGAAUGGUCGGCAUCACCAAGGAGGAGACCUAAGAACUAGCAGCCAUUCUCAUGGGGCGCUUGAGCUGUCGGCAGAGGGCAGACAGCAACACUCAAGCUUAGGAAAUAACAAAGACUCUUCUCUGAUUCUGUUUCACGAGAAGACUGGCAAAAACAUCCAGCUCUCCAGUGACCGCAUGACAGCUCGUCGAUCGGAAAGCUAUAACCAAGGGAUUGUUAUGUCAGUUAAACCUCUACCAAGGAAUGUAGUCUUCCAGGUUCGAUUGGGGUCCUUGAAUUCCCGUUGGUCAAGUUCCCUCAUGAUUGGGGUGACGGCACAGGCCCCCGAGAAGAUCCACCUCCCAAACACAGUCUUUGCACUGAAACGUAACACAUGGGUUAUAUGUGGUGAUUCAGUCUUCUAUAAUGGGGUUAAAAUCAAAGGUCGAUAUGGGCCAGACUUAGACAGUUUAGCAGGAGGACCCAGUGGCCAUUUGGUGGGUAUCAUGGUGGACGACGAAGCACGACUGCACCUCUUGGUCAAUGGCGUUGAUCAAGGGGUUGCCGCAAAGGAAAUACCACCAAACCCUUAUGUUGUUCUGGACUUGUAUGGACAGUGCCAGGAGGUUACCUUGUGCAAUAAUAGCAUGAGCAUGGAAAUUGCCAACACAACUGCCACCAGUAUUUCAUCCACAAACACAAUCAAUAGCAGCAGUAAUACCCUCUCACAGCAGCCAUCGCUUCUGCCAGGGUUGGUCACUCUUCAGGAUAACUCCCCAAGCAACAUCUCCAAUAACGACUCGGCAGUUGUCAGACAAACGGAUUCAAAUUUCCAGACGGAGCAUAUCACUCAGCCACAUCCUCCCAAACUUAAGGAGAAGGCAAUUUCUCGUUCUCAGCCAGAUAGCAGCAUGGUAAAGAAUUGUGAAUACCAAAACAUGUGCUAUCGUUUCAAGGCUUCAUUAGCUCUACCAGAGGGAUACUUUAGUCCAGAAGGCAACUUAUGUUAUUGUGAAACCUGUCAUAAAAUACGGGGGGAUGAACCAUAUUAUACAAAAGGAAAUCCACCAAAACAUUACGCACAACCAUUUGGCUGGUGCCGUUUCGCACUAGUAAGUGGGGUUGGUGAUAACAAUGAGUCGUGGCACAUGGCAUAUCAUGGCACCAGACCUGGGGCAGUAAGACGUAUGUUAGAUAAAGGAGAGCUUCUGUUCUCAGGUGAAUUAGGAGUGAGCUCAACCUUAGCUGGUCGUCGAAGUAAAGAUGACGACAGUGAUGGAUCCCAGUUAUGUUUCUCUCCCACUAUUUCAUAUGCUUCUACAGACCAGUUUGCACCUGCUGUCUUGUUUGUUGACCCGUGCACAAGAAAAACAUUACAUGUUCGGGUAGUACUGCAAAUAGCAGUUAAACCUGGUUCGUACAAGGUUGGUUCGCCUUCCAUACCCUGGACUCCUAGCCUGCCCAACACCCACCCGACUCCAGACUCGCACCUGCAACCCGACACAAUAGAGUGGGUAACAAAAGAACGAGGUGCGACUCAGCUCCUGUCCCUUCUGAUUAGAAUCGAAGAGGAAAAGUGAAUAGCUCAAUAUAAAAUAGCAUUUACCGAUAUUAGUUCUUUUCAAUGGAUUUAUGAUAAGUAUAUAGUAUGUCAACUCUGCCUCCCUCCAUCCCUGAUUGAUAUAUUGCGAAGUCAGUGGUAGAUGCAAAUCAUGUACAAUCCAGUGGACAAACUUACACAAAUGGCUGUAGCAUAAUGGCAAGCACACUGAUUAUUUUUCAUUAUUUUUUUUCAUGUAAAUAGCAAUGAAUAUCUUUCAAAACACAGCACAACCCUGUGGAUGGCUAUGCAUAAUGGAAAUGUUUUGAAGGUAAAUCAUGAUCAUACAUAGUGUAUAAAGUUUUUUGUAAUUUCAUUUUGCUAUUGUAAUAAGCAGCAAGUUUAUAUUUCAUCAGAAGACACAAAAGUGAUUGCAUUACAAAUCUUUUAACAUUAAAGUAUGGAUCAAAAUGCCAGGU